UCACACAAUGGCGGCCUCCAUGUGGCUGUAGAAUCAACGUGAGUUUGCUCAUGUUUUCAAGUCAGUAACGUAAAGAAAAUCUUCCAAUAAUCAACUGACGUAUUCUUGGAAGCCACUGUAAGGUCCUCAGUGUGAAGCUGCUGUCGGCUGAGAUUCAGUGUUUAUAUCUGCGAUGGCUUCGUUCAAACCCACCAAAGUACUGAGCUAUCCUAAACUAGGAGAGAAAGUGACAGAAGAAACGCUGUACUGGAAAAACUAUAAGCCUCCAGUACAGAUUAAAGAGUUUGGCGCCGUAUCAAAGAUCGACUUCUCUCCUCUUCCACCUCACAAUUAUGCCGUCACGGCCUCCACCAGAGUCCACAUAUAUGGGCUUCACUCUCAAGAGCCCAUUCGAAACUUCACACGGUUUCAUGAUACGGCAUAUGGAGGCAGUUUCAGAGGAGACGGAAAACUUUUAGUUGCAGGAAGCGAAGAGGGUCUGAUCCGACUGUUCGACAUCGGGGGCCGAGUGUCUCUCAGACAGUUUAAAGGACACUCUAAAGCGGUGCACGCCACCUCGUUCCUUUCUGAUGGUUUUCGUGUGCUGUCGGGUUCAGAUGACCUGACGUGUCGUGUGUGGGACGUCGCCAGUGCCGUUGAGCUCAGUUCAUUCACCGAACACACUGAUUAUAUCAGAGCCAUCGCUCCCAGCAAACUCAACCCAGACCUGUUUGUCACUGGUUCGUAUGACCACACAGUGAAAAUGUUCGACGUGCGCUCUGGUAACAGUGUGAUGACUAUACAGCACGGUCAGCCUGUGGAGUGUGUGCUGCUGUACCCGUCUGAAGCUCUGCUGGUGUCCACAGGAGGGCGCUAUGUAAAGGUUUGGGACCUGUUGAAAGGCGGACAGCAGCUUGUUUCUCUUAAAAAUCACCAUAAAACAGUAACAUGUGCAUGUCUGAGUUCAAGCAACAAACUGUUGACAGCAUCACUGGACCGGCACGUCAAAGUAUAUAACUCCUCCUAUAAGGUUGUGCAUAAUUUUGACUGUGCGUCAUCUAUCCUCAGUCUGGCUGUUGCGCCUGAUGAUGAAGCAGUCGCUGUAGGAAUGACUAAUGGUGUGUUGAGCAUCAGACACAGGAAACACAAAGAAGAGAAAGAAGCUUUAACAAAUCGAAGGAAAAGGGGUCCGUCGUACCGCUUCUUUGUUAAGGGGAAAAACUUUGUGCCUAAACAGGAUGAUUUCCUGGUCAGUAAACCAGUGAGGCAACAUCUACAGAAAUACGACAAACAGCUAAAAAGAUUUGAGGUCUCCAAAGCCCUGGACACGGCGCUCGAGACAUGGACGCGCACUACUAAACCAGAGGUGACGGUCGCAGUUAUAAUGGAGCUGAUUCGCAGAGGAACACUGAAAAACGCCCUCGCUGGGCGAGAUGAAGUCAGCUUAACCAAGAUACUCAACUUUCUUCUCAAAAACAUCACUGACCCGCGCUUCUCUCGGCCUCUGCUCACAGUCGGGGACAUUGUUCUGGAUCUAUAUCAGCAGGUUAUUCCCCAGUCACCUGUGGUGGAGCGCCUGCUGCAGCGUCUCUAUGAAAUUUUGGGUCGAGAAGCAGAACUUCAGCAGGAGCUUCUGCAGGUUUUGGGCAUCCUGGACACACUUUUUGCCUCCCUGAUGCCCAGAAAAGAGGUUGCCAAUUUUGGCAUGGCAGCAGCAGCGCAGGAGUCCCAGCUACAGGCUGCCUGAGGUCUUGUGACACAAACCGAAACAUGCUGGAUUUGACUGAGACGUGGCGAAACUGGAAAGAGAAAAUGGAAGGAAAUAAGUGUGAGACGGAGCUGCGGGUAGCAAGUUGCCCAAUGCCAGCGUGUCAUUCACUUUCUGCUGAUGUUCGCAGAAUUUCAGACUGUAUUUUGUAUAUUCCUGUCAUAAAGUUUUUGAAUCUC